AUGACAGAUAACAAUACAUUAAUGAAAGGAAAGGAAUCAACACUCGACAGAAGUAGUAAAGUAGUGGUGGAAGAAGGCCUUGAGAGAUUGAUGAAAAGAGUGAUCCACACUUCUUUAUCCACAAGCAUUGCGGAUUGGGAGGACGGCGGAAUAGCUUCACUACUAAGUAGGACUAUGGGCAUCCACCAUCAUGUCAACAGCAUGAAUCCCUUCUCAUACCAUCUAUGCCACCUUGAAGACGAUGAUAUUUUGAAUCGUCGCACUAAAUCCUCAUCACAUCAGCCCAUUCAUCCCGUCCACUCGAUUGAUGGGACACCAGGAUUCCACUGCAUCAAGGCAAAGUACCACAGACAAUUGGAACGGAUCCUCUGA